UUCUAAGCCAUGUUCUAGCAGAAACUCAAAAACCAUAUAGAUUAAUAUCUUAAGCCAACAUCUAAUAUCAGGAGCACAAAGAGAGGCCGAAGAUCCUUGUGUCCUGGAUUCUGUACCAUAAGAAACCAUUCUAGUAACGAUGGCGAAUUCUCACGUUCCAAAAUUCGGCAAUUGGGAAGCUGACAACAUUCCAUACAGCGCAUGCUUUGAGAGUGCACGCAGAGAAAAAGCCGGAUUUACAACGAAUCCAAACAAUCCAAUGGAAAAUUCAGAGACCUACUACAACAAAAAUAUUGAUGCUGAUGAAGCGAAAUCCUCUCAUACUUACUCUCACAAAGCAAAUUCAAGUUCAAUGGAGAAAGGAAGCCAUGAAGUACUGAAAAACAAUUCUAUACGCCAUUCGCACGGCCGAAGCAGGGGAAGUAAAGGUAGCUUUACAUCAGAAUUUGGCAGCGAAAAUCGUCGUAUUGAUCACUCUGUCAUCAACAAAGAUUCACAAUCAGUUCACAAAAGGAGUGUGUCAAAAGGAGUUAGUAGUAACAUUGGUAGCUUCUCUUCCUCAAAUCAUAGUAGACACAGAAAUGGAAGACACUCUUUUAAUGAUCAUGACGAUAAAACAACGACAGUACCAGAAUUCGGUAAUUGGGAUGUAACAGACCCGAAAUCAGGAGAAGGUUAUACUGUAAUGUUCAACAAAAUAAAAGAAGAAAGACAAAUCAUGUCUGGCCACAAGAUUCCACCGCAAAACAACGGUUCAAAUAUGAAGAAUCAAUAUGACGGAUCUUCUUUCAGUUUAUCUAAGUAUUGUUGCUGUUUGUUUACGAACGAAAGCAAAUGAACACGGAUUCGAUGUUUACUCGGGCUCGCAAGAGACUUGAAUUUAGAGUGUUAUGAAUAAAUUUAUAAUCUUAUAAGAGCAUGAAUUAAGUCUCACAUGUAUGUAUGGAUAUUUUGAUUUUUUUAACAUUAUGUUAAAAUGGAUGCAUGAAUGAAUAGAACUCAUGGCUUAGUUUCAUUUU